GCAGCACGAGAUGGGCUGAGGCAGCAUGGCCUUGGAAGUAGAUUGUGCAAAUAGUUCCUGGUUUGGAGGGUUGAGGUUGUGGGCGAACGAAUAAUGGGGUUUCACUGGGCGAAUGAAUAAUGGGGUUUCACCGACCAGCAGCAAGCAUCAUCUGUGUGCUAGAACUGAUCCAAAUUUGAAGACUGGUCGGUGUGCUGCAUUUUGGAUGCCCUGUGCGAGUGUCGUUGGUGUCUGGCAAGGGCUACUCCAGGCUCGGCAAGUGCUUCAGCCGCACGGUCGCAUCUGACCAAUCCACGUCUACUAUCUAAUCGAUAACAAUCAGCCCCACCCCCGCCAAUCCAUGACGGAGGACGGCGCGCUCAGCAAAAAAUAUCAGGACAUGUCCUUCGACUCGGAUUCGACGACGCAAGGGUCGCGGCCAGACACCGACGAAGAAGAGACCUUGCGGCUGGACACGGCGCAGUCGACGACCCCGCACUCUCCGGAGCGCAGCGAGGACGAACACUCUGAGACGACCUCCUCUUCCUCCGCAGCGCCGCAGCACGCCCGCGACCGGCUGGCCUUUGCGCCCGUUGCGCUGGCGCAGUACCACGCCGUCGCGCAGCAGUUGGCGGAUAACAACGGCGCGCGCCUCCUGCGCAGCCCCGCCCCGAUCCGCGCGUGGGUGUAUCAGAGCCUGCUGUGCGAGAUCCGGCGCUGGGAGGGUUGGGACAGAGCGGCCAUGGCGCCGACACACGAGGCGCAAAGCGUCGCCAGCUCUGGAGACGACACGAUGCCCCCCGCGCGCCCCUACCUCACACGCCUUCGCCUCGCGCUCGCGCCCUACGCGGUCCACUUCCGCAACCCGGGCUACGUGCGCGAUGAGACGCUGCGCAUGCUCGAGCGCGACGUGGUCAAGAAGACGCUCGAGGACAGCCGCAAGCGCCUCGAGCUGCGCGACGAGCUCGGCCUGGCCUGCGAGUUCUGGGACGAUCUGGCCGCCGUGCUCAAGGCCGCCAUCCCGUCGCUCGAGCAGCGGUGCUUUGCGCAGCCAGACCCCGCCGCGCCUGAGUACGAGGGCCUCAGCGGCCCGCUGAUCGCGAGCGGCUCGCCGGGCCUGCUGCGCGACCUGGAGAGGCUGAACCAGCUGGUGUGCAUUGCGCGCAACGUGCUGGUGCAGGGCGAGCGCACGCAGAACCUCGCCGCCGAGAGGCUGUUCGACAAGGAUAUGUUCAACCUCGUCAACGUCUGCGUGCGCGUCACCGCCCGCGGCUACGACGGCGAGGCCGGCACCCAGGACGAGGACAAGUGGCAGGGCGUCAUCAACGCCUACAAGAAGCUGCUCAUCACAGGCCUGCAGUUCCUCAACAACCUCAUCGCCCGCAACGAGCAGCGCAAGCUGAUGCUGUGGAUCGAGCUGUUCGACAGUCACCUGGACAACGAGCUGCCCAACUUCGCCGACAUGAAGUACAGGAUGGACGAGCUGAAGCCGCAGGAUCAGGACGCACCGCCUGCAGAGCCCGUGUCUGAGCACCCACCCGCGAGGAGCCUGGACGCGUUCAAGAUCCCGCAGCAGCCUGCGUCGUCGCCGUUCCUGCUGUACAUCGGCGAGACGGGCAACGAGGUCAAGAAGGCGCUGAUGCAGCACGGCGACAAGCCCGGCGCAAACGACAUCGCAGCCGAAUGCCGGCGUCGCUGGCAGACCAUGGGCGAGGACGAGAAGAAUAAAUGGAACAUGCUCUACGCCGACGUCGUCGCCCGCUACCGCGACCAGAUCACGCAGUCCACCACGUACAAAAAGGUCGUCGACCAGCACGCCAAGAACGAGGAGAGCGUGCAGGCCCUCGCCAAAAGCAUCAACCAGCUCCAGGUCGAAGUCGACCGCAUGCGCUCGAGCAUCACCAUGAAUCCUGACGGGUCGGCGCUCGACACAGACACCGCCAGCGGCUCUCUCCCGUCGCCGCCGACACACCCCACAGACGACUCGCUGCUCGACCCCAGCAUCAAGCGGUCGCCCCCGGCAGGUGAGAUCGAUUUCCGCGUUACCUACCCGCCCUCGUUCGGCGCCGAGAUCCUACAGAACGGCAAGGACGACCUGUUGAAGCGUCUGGAGCCUGACCCCGACCGGACUGGGCUAAUCAGCCAUGUAGCGAGCCCGACGUCUCCGCCUCCAGACGACGAGGAUGAUGCCGACGACGACUACGACGAUAUCCCCGGCGACGAGGGCAGGGGGCUGCUGACGGAUGUGCCGCUCAUCCUGGGCCCCACGGAGAUCGAGGUCCUGCCCAUGAUCAUCAUGGGGGGCAUCGUGGAGCCGACCGAGGGCCAGCCGGGCUACCACUCCGAUCCGACCGUCUUCAGCAGCGUGAGGAGCAUGCACGGCGUGCGGUGUCAUCUGCUGCUCGCCCAGGACAAUGGCAGGAAUCUGCUCAGGGAGUUGCUCAUCUUCGUGGCAGCCUGGGACCUGAGGGAGGAAGAGCUCUACUUCAAGUUCAUGGUCAAGAUCAUGGAGGCCAUCCUCGCGAACCAGCUGCUGCCGUUCGCCUACCACGCCUUCAGGGAGUCGGAAUCGAAAGACAUCAUCUCGCCAGCACAGGCCGUCAUCAUGAAGCUGCUGACCAACAUCUUCCGCGCACGACAAGCCCGGGCCCAGCCCGCCAAAGGGCUGCCCAAGUCCUCCCCGCCACAGGUCGAUCAGGGCGACGUGCACAUGGUCAACUUCUUGCUGACCGAGUUCCGGCGACACAUCAUCCCGCAGACGUGCGCCCUCAUCUUCCUACAGGGCCAGAUCCGCGCCGGCCACGCGCAGCCUGAAGACUUCCCGCUCAACCUGUGGGACAUGGAGCGCAUGUACGAGGGCGUGUACCAGUACCUCGAGUUCUUUGCCAUUUUGACCGAGCACGAGACCUGGAAGCGGAUGCUCUCCAACUGGGAGAUUGCAAAUGAGCUCGUCACGCUGCUCAAGGAACUCGACGCUGCGAUCCCCAAGGGCCAGCUCAGUGUCCCGCCGCUGAGACACUCGGCGCCGCCGCCUGCGCCGGUCGAGGUCGACAUUCCACCGCCUCAACCCCAGCAACAGCAGCAACAGCAGCAACAACCACAAGCGCAACCGCCCCCCGUCUCAGUCGAGAGACCCUACGACCCCGCCCCCGCCGCCACCGAGUCCCACAUGCCGCCCCCCUCCUCGCCCUCGCCGCGCCCGUACAUGGACGAAGCGGCCGACGAGCCGUCCGACUUUGAAUGGCGCAACCUGAAGAAGCUGGCCGUGCUGGUGCUCUCGUCGCUCGUGUGGAAAAACACGCUGGUCCAGAACCAGAUCCGGCCGCUCGGCGGCAUCGAGGCGGUGCUCAACUGCUGCAGCUACGACGAGCACAACCCGUACAUCCGCGAGCACGCCAUCAUGUGCCUGCGGUUCCUGAUGGAGGGCAACAGGGAGAAUCAGGAACGCAUCCGCGCGCUGGAGCAGUAUAACCAGACGCGCGACGGGCCCAAGGGCACCACGCCCGUCGAACAGAGCCUGCGGGAUAAAAUGGACAGAGCCGGCGCCGCGGGGAUCCCGGUCAACGUCAAGGUCCCCGACGAGGUGCUCGACCAGCAGGGGUACGAGACGUACAUGGACGGCAAGGGGCAGGUGAUGCUGCGCAAGCGCCAGCCGCAGACACAGACGCAGGCGCAGGCGCAGACGCAGGCGCAGACGCAGGCGCAGACGCAGACACAGACGCAGGCGCAGACGCAGACACAGACACAGACGGCGCCGCACGUUCCCAGCGCCACCUCGGUAGGCCUACCGCAGCAACAGCCGCUCCCACCGUUCCAGCCCGCCGUCCCAGCGCCAGGCGCGAGUGUGUCCGCCCUUGCCGAGGCCAAAGCCAAGGCCGCGCUCGAGACGCACGGGCCCAAGGCGCUCGAGGAGCUGGUGCAGCAGGUGAUGCGCGACUUGCCGCAGACGACGGGGCGGACGCGCAGCGAGGCCGAGGAGGCGCUUCGCAAGCUCGAUCGCGGGUUUGAUCGGAGCGCGGGCGGGGGUGCGGCGGGCGAGGGCGUCUGAGGUCUGCGUUGGAGAUUGGAGAUUUGGCGGUGCGUGGGCGGGAUUCAUCACGCACAGGUAACGGUGGCGGGUUCUUCUGGCUCGACGGCCUGUACUGGGUCGAGGUGGACGUGGAUCAUAUCCAGGCCGAGGACGGGCCCGAGAACCAGCCACGGCGUCGCAGACACAGCUCCAAGCGCUUGCAAAAGGGUGCCUUGAAGAUGACACUGUGGACUGGGAUGGGUAGGAGGGAGAACCUACAACUGCGGUGCAGUGUCGUGUAGUGGUGUAGAGUGGUGUAUAGUAGCCACAUGCCUAGCAAACGUUUCUAUCUGUCAUCCAUCAUCCGCAACAGAGCGCGACC